AUGGAUCUCAAGUACAUGUAUAUGAUCACUGACGUUAGGAAGGCUCAGUACGAGAUCGAGCACAAAGUUGAUGUUAUGAUGGCCACUGAAAGCCCCGACCAAGUAGAGACCGAGAUGGACGGCUUUGGUGACUAUGUUACUGAGAAGUGGCUCAAUUUGCAUUAUACUCUCCUCGGCAAAUAUCAGAAUGGUUAUUCUGAUUGGGGUUAUACUCAAGUUGGCUAUGGCCCAUCUACUGAGUGGCUCGAUGCUGCUGGCUUCCAGGACUUCCAAGCCACUCCGGAGCAGUUUACUGAACUGAGACGUCGUUACAAGAAGACUCAGAAGGAGGCCGAUGAAAUCCGUGACUCGGCAUUGAAUGCAUGA